AUGGAUAAUUACGCCAGUGAUGAAGACACAGAUGAGGACUUUGAUACCCAGCUCAUCAUCCAGGAGAGUUUACAGGACAUUCACAAGCCGGGAACUACACAGCAGGCACCUGCAGAUGAGAGUUCCCAUUCCUUUGUGAGCGCUGACUAUAAGAAGAUAAUUGAAACAAUAGAGACAGGUAAGGAAGAUGCACUGGCAUGCCUGACCAAGUGCCAUUCUGCUUUUGAUGAAGCAGAUGAGAUAGGCUGGCUUCCUCUGCAUAAGGCUGCGGUGCAAUUAAGCAAGAACAUUUUGGAAAUAACCCUGAAAGCUUCAAAACCCAGUGUGUGGGAGCAAACCACCCACAGCGGGGAAACGCCACUUUUUUUGGCUGUCAGCAGUUGCCUCUUAGAAAACACCAGUUUUCUUCUUGUCAACGGCUGCAAUCCAAAUGCCAAGAAUUCUGAAGGCAAUUCUCCUCUUCUUACAGCUGUUCUACGUGACUCCUAUGACAUGGCUGCCUUGCUGAUCAGCCACGGGGCAGAUGUCAAUCUUCGGUGUACCAACGAGAGGACCGCUCUCCAUGAAGCAGCCAAACUGGGCAGGCAGGACAUAGUAAAGUUGCUGCUGGUUUCUGGGGCUCACCCUGAUCCACGGAGCUCCUAUGGAUUCACUCCUCUUGCUCUUGCUGCCCAAAGUGGAUACACUGAAAUCAUGGAAAUGUUACUGCAGAAAGGAGCUAAUGCUCUUGGUCAGGCCUCUGACUCUUCUUCCAUCUUACUUGAAGCCGCCAGUGGAGGAAAUCCAGAUUCUGUGACUCUCUUGCUAGAGCAUGGAGCUGAUGCCAACAUCCCUAAGAAUUCAGGCCACCUUCCCAUUCAUGUUGCAGCUGACAGAGGCCACUUGUUAGCCCUGAAGAUUUUGGUUCCAGUUACGGAUUUUGCUGCCAUUAAGCAGAGUGGCAUCAGUCCGGUCCACUGUGCAGCAGCAGGAGCACACCCCCAAUGCCUGGAAUUCCUCAUCCAGGCUGGAUUUGAUGUAAAUUUCAUGCUAGAUCAGAGAAUUCGCAAACACUAUGAUGACCAUAGGAAGUCAGCUUUGUAUUUUGCUGUAUCAAAUGGUGACCUCUCUUCAGUUAAGCUGCUUCUGAGUGCUGGAGCUCUGCCCAAUCAAGACCCAGUUAACUGCCUCCAGAUAGCCCUAAGGAUGGGCAACUAUGAGCUGAUAAGUCUGCUGCUACGGCAUGGGGCCAACGUCAAUUACUUCUGCAGAGUCAACCCUUUACAUUUCCCAUCAGCACUGCAAUACACAUUGAAAGAUGAAGUCAUGCUCAGGAUGCUCUUGAACUAUGGGUAUGACACAGAGCGAUGCUUUGAUUGUCCCCAUGGAGACAAAGUUCAUCCUUGCUAUACUUUUGAAGGCUGGACAUCUACAGUUAUCAAAGACACUAUGUUCUGUGAAGUAAUAACUUUGUCAUGGCUGCAACAUCUCUCUGGGAAGGUUGUUCGAGUGAUGCUUGAUUAUGUUGAUCAAGUUCGAAUCUGUUCAAAGUUGAAAGCUGUGCUCCAAAAACAAGGGCUCUGGUCAGAAAUCCAUUUUAUCUUAACAAACCCUCGAUCCCUCAAACAUUUGUGCCGCCUAAAGAUCCGGAAGUGUAUGGGGAAGUUACAUUUGCGCUGCCCUGUCUUCAUGUCGUUUCUUCCAUUACCAAACCGUCUAAAAGCGUAUAUCCUUUACAAAGAAUAUGAUCUUUACGGACAAGGAAUUUUCACAGGAACCUGGUAA